GGGGAGGAGGAGGGUCUGGAGCUGACUGAGAGGGGACCGAGGAUGAGCGCCACCGCCGCCAGCUGGUAAACAAAUACAUGUUGUGUGUCGGAGGAGACAUGGGACACGGCAGCGACAUCAGGGGCUGAAGACAGACAGGGCGAGUGAGGACAGGUGGGGCAGAGAUGGGAGACGACGGCGCACGGCUCAACAUUCAUCCGCUUGAGAGAAGGAGGAGGAGGGCUCAGUAUCCUCCGAGAGGGACCGUGGUUCGGUCCAACACGCAGCUGUAAACACUCGCGUCCCCGGUUCAUCACUUCCAGCAGACAUGUCCUUCACGAUGGAGGAGAACCUGGAGUCGGGCUGGGUGGCCGUCCGCCCCAACGCGUUCGAGGAGAAGGAGAAGCAUAAAUUCGUCUUCAUCGUGGCCUGGAACGAGGUGGAGGGUCGAUUCGCUGUUACGUGUCACAACAGGACGGUGCAGAGGAGAAGCUUCGGCCGGGACCCGCUGCUGCUGGUGGAGGAGGCGACUGGUCAAGAUGGAGAAAAAACAAAAUGGCCCGAAAGUCCUGUCAGGGAGAAAGGGUCCAGCAGGAGCCCGGCGGGCAGAGGAGCCGGAGGGGCUGCGGGUAAAGCCAAGUCUGCGAUGGCGACUAAAGCGAGUCCUGUCAAAAUCCAGACUGUGGUCAAAGCUGCAGCACCUCCCGUCGGCCCCGGCCCCGGGUCCCCCGCUGUGGACGGCCUGGACCCGGAGGAGCUGGAGGCUCUGGGCCGGGAGGACUGCAGCUGGGCCGGGCUCUUUUCCUUCCAGGACCUCCGGGCCGUGCACCAGCAGCUGUGCUCGGUCAACUCGGACCUGGAGCCCUGCCUGCCGGGGUUCCCCGAGGAGCCGGUGGGGAUGUGGACGGUGCUCUUCGGCCCAGCGGAGGUGUCCGAGGCCGAGAUGGAUGAGCUGUGCUACCGGCUGCAGGUGUACCUGGGCUACGCGCUCGACACUUGCGGGUGGAGGAUCCUCUCGCAGGUUCUGUUCACGGAGAACGACGAUCCGGACGAGUACUACGAGAGCCUGAGCGAGCUGCGGCAGUCCGGGUACGAGGAGGCGCUGAGCCGGGCAACAAAACAUCUGCAGGAGCUGCUGGAGAAGCACAGGACCAUGGACAGCAUGGUGGAGUUGUUGGAGCUCUAUGAGAAAGAAGACCUGGCCUAUGGAGGUCUACUGGAUGCCUCCACACAGCUGUACCAGUAUCUGCUGCAGCCUUUCAGAGACAUGAGGGAACUGGCGAUGCUACGCAGACAGCAGAUCAAGAUCUCCAUCGACAAUGACUACUUGGGUCUAAGGCGGAUAGAAGCGCUAAAGAAGGAGGACUGUGACUGGCAGAAGAAAGCGCAAGAGGCAGUGCUUAACAUCCAGGAGUUUACAGUCAAGUACUUUGAGAUCACUGCCAGAGCCCAGAAAGGGGUGUUCGAGCGUAUGAAAGUGGACCAGCGUAAGUUUGGCAAAUCCUCGUGGACGGCAGCGGUGGAGCGCAUGGAGAGACUGCGCUACUCUGUCGCCAAGGAAACCCUGCAGCUCCAGAGAGCCAGGGAGAUCAGCCUGGAGCAGAGGAAACACACCCUGCGAGACGAGAUGCAGAGUCUGUGCAGCGGUGAGGAUGCAAUGGUUCUCUUGGACCACAUGGAGACACAGUACUAUGAGCUCCAGCUGCACCUGUAUGACAUCCAGGCAGAUAUACUACAGUGUGAAGAGCUGCUCCUCACCGCACAGCUCGACAGCAUCCGCAGACAAAUGUCAGGGCUAACGGGGGUCAUAGGUCUCAGGCAGGGGCAGAAAGAGCGUCAGGAAGAAGUGGUGUACUAUGACACCUUUGAAUGUGCUGAUGAAAUUACAGAGGAUGAUACUGCAGAGAAGGAAGAGCUGCGCAGACUUCAGGUCAGCACUCGACAGCUGGAGGCCAGAAGGGGGCGCAUCACUGCCAAGCGCUCCUAUCUGAAGAACAAGCGGGAGAUCUGUGUAUCCAGCCACACUCAGAAACAGCAGAAUCAUCAAACUGUCCACAAAGACUCUGUAGCUCACAAGGUCUUACAGCUGAAAAAGGAAGAAGAGGAAGAUGAGGAGAGGAAGAAUAGUAGAGUAAGUCAGGAGAGGCAGACAACUCUGGACAGACUACGCACUUUCAAACAGCGGUACCCAGGUCAGGUGAUUCUGAAGUCCACUCGACUACGUGUGGCCCACAGCAGAAGAAGAGAGCGAGGAAGGAACGUGGAGCUGGGCAGCGUGCGGGAGGAGUGCGUCCAGCCGCUGUGUCUCAGCACCAGCGUGCAGACGGACCCCAGCGCCACGCUCACCACCCAGCCCGUCACAGCCCUCACGGCGUCCCUCCCUCCGCUGCCUGCGCCCGUUCCUGCAGAGUCCUCCUGCUCCCCCUGCUCGCUGUCCUCCCUGCUGGCCUCCCCUAUCUCCCCUCCACCUCCACCGCCCCCUCCACCUCCCCCGCCAACCAGGGAGGGGCAUUCACCGUCAGAGAGCCCAGGCUGGCACGGGCCAAAGGCCGAGGGGAAGAGUGCAAAAGAGGAGCUCUCUCUCUCCCCGCUCGGCCCGUUCCUCCCUCGCUUCUUUGACAGCAGCCAGCUGAUGAAUGCCCGUAAAAAGCUGAGGAAAACUCCAGAGUUUGACGCCAACAGAAGAGUGAGCUCACCCAUGGACGAGGUGCUGGCCUCCCUGAAGAGAGGGAGCUUCCACCUGAGGAAGGUCGACCAGCGGUCUCUGCCCCCCACCAACGAUGACGACGAGACAAACAGCAUCCUGGCUCAGAUUCGCAAGGGGGUCAAACUGAGACGUGUCCCCCACAAAGAGAGAAAGGACAAGGGAGAGCUCCCGGCCUCCACAGACCCCCUGACCAGGAGCAUUCAUGAGGCGCUGCGCCGCAUCAAGGAGGCCUCACCGGAUUCUGACUCGGAUGAUGAUGGGCUCGCCUACCCUGACUGGGAAAGCUAAAGGGCUUGAUGCUCAGGCACAACAAAUAACACUCACACACACACACACACACACACAAAUGCCUGCACCUGUAGGCACUGCAUGAACUGUACUGUACUGCAUUGUAGAGAGCUGCGCUGUACUGCAAACACACACACACACACACACACACACACACACACACACACAUAUACAUCACUCACUCACACAGCCCAGUCGCACAUGUACAGUUCCCUGUGACUAUGCCAGGACCUGAGUCAAACUGAAUACCACUAAAUGCUCCAAAGGACGAGGGUGGACCGGUUGGUUUUUCACACUGCAUUCACCUCCAUGAAGCACAUGAACUGUGUGGUUUUUCCACUGUAUGUCACUGUGUUUCAUUCCUGUAAUCAGACUGUAACAAUGCCAUGUUUUAUUUUUUUUCUUUUGUCCUAUGUUAGGUUGUUGAGCUCUGCACUAACCCUCUGUGGCCAUUUUAACAUUCAGAAACAGCACAGUACACAUUUGACAUCGACACACUGCACUGACGGUUAUUUGUAAUAGUGAAAACCUCAGAUCUAAUCUUUUCCAGUUGCCCCCAAGCAUCAGAAAUGAGAAACUGUAACAAAAAAUGAUAUGUGGGUAUGUUUGCUGAUUUGAGGUCAUGAGGGAAAACCUUAAAGAAGAUUACACAGAAAUUUAAACUGGUAUCAGGAUUUACCGCCCAGAUUGAAAACCAUGGCAACAUCAAGCAUCACUUCCACCCUGUUUUUGCUCGUCCAGUGUAUUAUGACUGAUCACACUGGGCUAAACAGCUGGUUUUUCCCUGUCACAUGAGAGGGUGGUGGUGUCAGUCAGUGUAAAGACCCCUGCCUGUCUAAUCUGACACUGUGCAAAUACUGUAAAUCCUUUAGUCUGUCACACCAGAUUCGUGACCAUCCCCCACGCUUGGCUUCUUCCGGCCUCCGCCACCCCCAACCCUCUCUGGGUGAGGGAGGAUGUAUCGAUCCAUCUGUUUGACCCGCUGUGUUUGGCCAGGCUGGUGAAACAUGGACAUAUGCAGAGUCACUUAUUUGUUCGUCUCAUCCGGAAAACAUCUCUGACCUGCAGCGGGUCCCCUAGAGCAGGAGAGCUGAAAGAGAGUUUCUUUACCGGAGUGGAGGUCACGAUUUAUGUCGGUAAUUGUGUGGGCAGAAUUGGUCGGUGGUUCCCAAACGUACGUGGGACAGUCGUGCCUGAGCUGUGAGGGCGGUCACGCUGGUGUGAAUGAUGGAUGGCAUGUGGGAGGCUGGAUUGUCUCGGAGCUGCAGGGAGCAACCGUGGGCCGUGGAGCAGGCGGUCGUGAUUGAUGCGGUCUCUCCUGCCGUCUUAUUUACUUUCGCUCCUCUUCUCUAUUGCAUCUUCCCUAAUUUCUUCCUCUGCACUCAGUGGGCAGAGCGGCACAGUGGGAGUUCUGUUACUCACAGCGCUUGAGGUGAAAACACACUCACGCACACACGCAUGGAUUCGUGCACUAAACUCACAGCCAACGUGAGCAAAAACAUUCUAGUGAAUGUGCAGCCUUUACUGAUAUUUUUAAAAUGGUUUGUUGAUAUAUGAAACACAUUCUGAAUCACUUUAUCUGUACAGAAACAACAUUUUUUUGUUGUUUGUUUUUAAACACUGGUGAAACAUUAUCUCUGUAGUAGUUGAGGAAGCUUAAAAGUACUGAACAUGCAGAUUUAGACCGAAAAAAGUUGCAUUGAAGGGAAGGUAUGAGUGGACCAGUGAGAUGCUUAGCGGCAAAGGAAAGUGGCACACGCAUAUUUUAACAUGAAGCAAAAACAUGUGUCAUAAACUAAGCUCUGAGUCGGAGCAGCCUCAGCGUGCACAUUCUUCAACAGCUUGGAUGCAAAGAUUUGCGUUUUUUCUUUCUCUCGUGCUUGUUUUGAGAUGAAUAAUGAGGCCGAUGAUGUAAAACAGAAAAGUUAUGAAGGUAUAUGUGACAUUACACAGAUGGAAAAUAUCUCAGUGCUAAAAGGGGGUUAUUAUUUUCCCCGUCAGGGCAAAUCCGAGGCACUUUUACAUGUCUUCUGUCACUGUCAGCACAAAUGUUCUUUCAUGGUAACUUCAUCAUGUACCGUAGCAUGAGGCAGAGAUCUAACCCUGAUCUUAAACUUAACCCAGAACACACCUGGCUGGAUGUCACCAGAACAGUUUCCCAAAAGAUGUUGCUGCUUAAAACAUUGGCCAACAAUGUGCUGAAAACUUUAGGGAAACUGAGUUGAGAAAGUGACACCUCUGCCACGACCUGACUAUCACCUGGGUCACCUUAUAAACACACUGUCUUCUGUUUUAAACAGACCUUUAGCUGUUAAUAACCUUCACAGAGCUUGUUUGUCGGCUAACUGUAAUUUUUCAUCGCUUUCUUUCUUUUUAUUUUGCUUGAUUCCAAAGUAUUUCCAGCCAAAUUUGUUUGCUUCUAAACAUUUCCUAUGUGGUCCUGUUAUCCACAGGCUAUAUAUAUAUACAAUUUAUGACCCUCUGUGUGUAUAAGCACUCACUUGACAAGUGCAAUAUCAGUAUAAAGAAAUGCAUAAAAAAAGGGUUGAAACAACUUGAUAAUGUGUUCAGAUUACUUAUUGCAGGUUGCAGUUGUUUUUACACAGAUACUGUUCAUUAAAGAAACCCUUCUGCCUUUAGUCCUAUCACCUUCAUUUAUUCAGUUCUUUUUUUACAACGUCACCCCUGCAUUUGAAUAAAACCUUGUGAAGAUUGUCUCUAUCA